AUGUUUUACAAUUGGUGUAUAAAAGCUCUGCCAGAAAUCGUUGGGAGGGCAGAACCUCAUCAGCAUCAGCGCUAGUUCACUGGAUCUUCGCACCAAAUAGCUUCAAAGAUGAAAUUUGCGCUGAUUUUCCUGAUGGCGUUUGUUGCCAUGUCUCAACAAUUUUACUUUCAGCGCCCUAACAUUCCAAUGGUUUGGCUGGCACCUCACCCCGCGCGGUAUUUCAUGAAUAAUUACCGGCCUCUAGUUGCCUUUAAUGAAGAUUUGAACCGAGAUUUGGCAGAUAGUCAAAGUAACUCUAAUGGCGAACAAGAGGAAUAUCCUGACGUACAAUCAAGGAUCAAAGGUAACCGGCCAUCGGAUUUCGAGAUCCAGCCGCAGAGUGGGCGGUUUCUGGCCGGAAGCUUUGGGAACAAUGAUGGCUACAGCUAUAACGCAAAUCAGAAUAGCAAUCCGUUUUUGAGAACGUACACCACCACAACCACCAGUACUUCAACAUCUUAUAGUUUAUCAACCAGUACAUCUACCAGCAUUAUCGUCACCGCAACCACUACUAGUACCAGCACGGCUACAAUAGUUAGCACAGCUACUUUAUCUCUGACAUCGGUCGUUAGAUGCGUCCCGGCUUUGCAAGUUUCGGCAAUUCCAGUUUCUUGCGGCCGGAAGAAAAGGGGAAUCGACGAAGAUUCCGAGGAACACCACCAGUUUAUCAUCUCUCCCUCGGAAACGCUCAAAUUGACGCCCACUGCUCUUCCGUCAGAAAGAAAUGAACGAGCCCUACCUAAUACCGAUGACGUUACAUCGUCCAAAGACGAAGUCGCCAACGUUGAAGUGUCCCAGGAAGAUCAGAGCAGAGCCAAACGAUUUUUCCUACUGAACAGAAAUUUAUAUUCCACAUCGACGGUGUUGACAACGUCGACUUCCACUAUCGUUAUCCCCACAACUACAGUGUCUCAGUCAAUAUCCACUGUGACCACAUUCGCUACGACGACCUCCACCUCAUAUUUCUUUUCCAACUCGACCGUCACACAAACAGUAAAUCUACUCAAUCCAGCACCCGCUGUUCAGUGUGCAGCAGUAGCUGUAGCGGCAGCUGCUCCUGCAGCAGCUAUACCACAGUGUAUUUCCUGUUUACCGGUAGGCUACAUUGUCUGCCCUGCGUCCGGUUAAAAUGGCAAAUCAAGCCACUAUUUUUUAGCCAAUUGAAGUUGAAUGAUUCAAGUUGAUGCCUUAGUGCAUUGAAGAAAAGUAAAAAAAAAUAAUGUUUAAAUUAAGCUGACAGUUGCACCUCAACGUUAUCACUGUAUUUCUUCAUUGAUUGUAUUUUCUCGGCUUUUCUUUCGUGUAGAUUGAACUGCCUGUAUUAUUUGCUCCUGCGCUUAUUACUUAUAAUUAUUACUGAGCGCAUUGCACGCGGCUGUCGGUUGAAUAGAUUUUUAGCAGCAUCA